AUGGUGGUGGGUGAGUGUACUUUAAAUGUCGUUAGCACAUACGCGCCGCAAGUAGGCUUGGAUGAGGAGAUUAAAAGGCGCUUUUGGGAGGGGUUGGAUGACAUCGUUCGUAGUAUUCCGCCUUCUGAGAGGUUAUUCAUAGGAGGAGAUUUCAAUGGUCAUAUUGGGUUGUCUGCAGGUGGUUAUACUGAGGUGCAUGGCGGAUUUGGUUUUGGGGAGCGGAACGGAGGGGGCACUUCGCUGUUGGACUUUGCCAAGGCAUUCAAUCUAGUGAUUUGCGAACUCAAGUUUUCCGAAGCGGGAAGAGCAUCUGGUUACUUACAAAAGUUCGGUGUUGAAGACUCAGAUUGA